AUGACGUUAAUCGGUCAACAAGUCACAGUCGAACUAAAAAAUGACUUAGCGAUCACUGGUAUUCUGGUAUCGGUUGAUCAAUUCCUAAACAUCAAAUUAGACGAUAUACAUGUAGUUGAAGAACAGAAGUAUCCUCAUAUGAUGGCAGUAAAAAACUGUUUCAUACGUGGAUCAGUAGUACGAUACGUGAAAUUGCCAGCCAGUGCCGUAGACACUGCACUACUCCAAGACGCAGCACGUCGUGAAGCGCAACAGCCUACAGUACCUGCGCCUCGUUAA